AUGACGGUACCACAGAUCCCCGAUAUGCACUUACUUGCAUACCGUCAUCAUAUGUAUGUUCAAGGAACCAAUGAAGCCACUUGGUGCAAAUAUUUCCCGGCCACUCUCAAAGGAGUAGCGUCUAAAUGGUUUGAGCAAUUACCCCCAGGGUCAAUUGCCUCUUUCAACGAACUGCAAACCCUGUUCUCCACCAGGUUCAUGGCACACAAGGAAAGGAAAAGCAGUAUGCACUUGGGACGAAUUCAACAGGGGAAGGAUGAUUCAGUGAGAAGCUAUGUGAAACGCUUCAACCUAGAGGCCGGACAAAUCCCAGAUUUGCCGGACGGCGUCUCCUUCGACAAUUUUAUCAGAGGACUGAAGAAGGGAUCCUUUAAGUUUGACCUAGUCAAGAAAAGUGUAAGGACUAUGGCUGAGGUUUUAGACGAGGCCGAAGCAUUUAUCCAUGCAACAGAAAUAUGCAGCGCGUCAAAAGAUGGAAGGAUUGGAGAAGCAACAGAUUCCUCAGGGAAGAAAGACAAGAUAGACAGAAAAUCCCCACGAGUAAAUGACGUCGGAACCAGGUAUGACCUUGAACGACCUUUCCCCAUGAAGUCUCCUGCUGAGAGUCGAGACCCUAAGUUAUAUUGCCAGUUCCAUGAAGACAUAGGGCAUGAAACCAAAAACUGCAGAAGCCUGAAGAGAGCUCUAGACGGCCUAGCCUCUAACGGACAUCUCAAGAACUACUUACAGAGGAAUGCUCACGGCUCUGGGAAGAGCCAGUACAAAAAGAACAAGUCACAUGUCUCACCUACGGAGGGAAAUCACAGUGAAGGGGGGUUUGUAGCCGUCAUAUCUGGGGGACCGGCCGCUGGAGGAACCACCAUGAGGGGACUGAAAGAUUAUGCUCGCCGCCUAGGGUAG